AUGAGCAACAACAGCAGGGUGGAGUCGGCCGUGCGGCCGUACCUCCACCCCCUCAUCUGCGCGCUGGGGCUGGCGGGGAACGGCCUGGUCCUCCUCACCUACGCCUUCUCCCGCCGGCCGCGCUCCCCGACCGACGUGUACCUGCUCAACGUGGCCGUGUCCGACCUGCUCUUCGUGGCGGCGCUGCCCCUCAUCACCUACAACGAGCUGUGGGCGUGGCCCAUGGGCACGGCGGCCUGCAAGCUGCUGCGCGGCGCCUACAGCGUCAACCUGUACAGCUGCAUGCUGCUGCUGGCCUGCGUGGCGGCCGACCGCUACCUCGCCAUCGUCCACGCGCCGCGCCGCCUCCGCCUGCGCUCGCUGCUCUACAGCCGCGCCGUCUGCGGCGCCGUCUGGGUCCUGGCCCUCGCCUGCUCCCUCCCCACCCUCCUCUACCACCAGGCCUACCGGCCCUCCCACAUGACGUGGGUGACGGGGGAGGGCGAGGACGGCAGCGGCGAGGACGGCGAGGACGGCGGCGGCGGCGGCGACCCGGUCUGCUCCCUGCGGUUCUCGGACCCCCGGACGGCCCGUCUCAUGAGGGUCCUGGUGCCCGGCGCCCAGAUGGCCGUGGGCUUCCUCCUGCCGCUGGCGGUGAUGGUGUUCUGCUACGCCCAGGUGGUGGCGCGGCUGCUGCGCGCCCACACCUUCCAGCGGCACCGCGCGGUGCGGGUGGUGCUGGCGGUGGUGGCGGCGUUCCUGGCGUGCCACCUGCCCUACAACGCCACGCUGCUGUGCCAGACGCUGGGCCUGUUCCGGGAGCAGAGCUGCCGGGAGGCGGAGGUGGAGCAGGUGGUGCUGACGGUGACGGAGAGCCUGGCCUUCCUCCACUGCUGCGUCAACCCGCUGCUCUACGCCUUCCUGGGGGUGAAGUUCAGGAGCAACCUGAAGCGGCUGGGGGCGCGGCUCUGGGGUCCGCGCGGCCGGAGGGCCCAACGCGGCCUCGCCUCCAGGGCCGCCUCCGACUCCUGCGCCUCCUCCCGCCGCUCCGUCACCAGCACCUCCUUCGACAUCUGACGGAGGCUCCGUGGUCCGGCGGAACCGACCCAAGGCGCCUCGGGACGGCCGAACCAGCUGGCUCGGAAGGACUCUGAGUCACACAGCAGCCUGAGGUCUCUGCUCCCCAGUCCAACCAGUCUGAGACCCCAGUCCAACCAGGCUGAGACCCCAGUCCAACCAGUCUGAGACCCCAGUCCAACCAGGCUGAGACCCAACCCCAACCAGUCUGAGACCCCAGUCCAACCAGUCUGAGACCCCAGUCCAACCAGUCUGAGACCCCAGUCCAACCAGUCUGAGACCCCAGUCCAACCAGUCUGAGACCCCAGUCCAACCAGUGGCUGUGUGUUUAUAACCCACCCCCAUUGGUCCAUUACUCAGUCCAGCCCUUGUAAUCAUUACUAUAAUGUUGUAUUAUUAUCACAUAACGUUGAAUGAGAAUCAAACUCUUGUAUCUUUAAGGAAGAUUCAUUGGUAUGUCGUGUGUUGAUGUGACCUACGUUCAAACGUUGACAUUAAACGCAUUAUUUUCUAAAUGUCCAUGGCUAAGUGGCCACUAGGUGGCGAGACCUCCGUUGGCGAUGGCGACAGGUUCACUGUAUCCAUGGCAACAGCAAAACCAAUCCGCUCCCAGAAGACCCGCCCCUCCCCUUAAGAAGUAGCCAAUGGUGUCAUUUCUCAGCAAAUUAGAACCGUUGCGUGUGAUUUAAUGUAGACCUACGCUUCCCUUUAUCAACAGGGCAUGAAAUCAAAAUAUAUAAAUAAUUUGAUAUGAUAUUCAGAUCUAGACAGUUUCAUGUGAUAAAGUGAAAUAUGUGUGAUAAACCUCUCAAAUAGAUGUUGCUUUUUUUUAUAACCACCAGAAGAUGGCUCUGUUGCCUCAAUGUUACUGAACUACACCCUUAGAUUCUGUAGUUAGGGUCUUCUUACGAAAUUGAACAUAAAAAAUUAUCAACUUGGUAAUUAAUCCAAAUAUAAAAAAAACUAAAGAUAAAAAUAUUCAAAAAACAAGGCACUAAAAACUGUCUUCAUCUGAUGAUUUUCUUCUAGUUUGUACAUUUUCUGAGGGUUGUUCGAAUUCUUUAAAGACGCAGUAUGCAGUCUCCUUAUCGGCCGCGAACGCGUCCCGUGGAGACACAGCCACCUUAACUCUCACCCAGCUGGUCGUGUCAGAGACCAACGGACCUUCAUAUCUCAGAACAAAAAUGUAGAAGCCCUUUCUCUGGGUCUAGGACUGCGGUGAGGCUGUGGUUCGACCGGAUCGGAGAGUUUUCACUGUUCAGCCGGUUUCUGCAGCCAAGGACGUUACACACAUAAACAGACAUGCUGAGUCCUGCUGCAUCUCCAUGGAAAUAAACCCCGGGCGGUCCGUCUCCAUGGAAACGUAGCUCACCGCCUGGGGUUCAAACAAAACACCAAAGUAGUAAACACAGCGGAUGUUUCCAGUAAAGUGUUUUUUUUAUUUCCAGGCUACAUUGGCGAACGCUAAACGACAUUCCCUCGCUCAAAGGCCUCGCUGAAGAAGAGUAGAAGAGUUAGCACGUUAGUCGUAGAAAGAUAAGAAGUUUAGACAUUCAAACAAACAGGAACGCUUCUGGUCAUAA